GCUACCCUGUUUGGUAUUUAAUGCCACCUUUUAUUGAUAAUUUGCAAAAAUUCAUUGAUGAGCACCUUCAGGCGGUGAGGAUCUUGCCUACUGUCCUUGGGUUUUCUGGUUGUUUCCUUUUGGCCAGACACUUCUAUUUGUUCUCUAGAUUCCAAAGCGUUUCCCACAUUCCCGUUGAUGUGUUUUCCCGUGGACUGAAAUUCCGUGGUUUGGUGAAAUCUGUUAACAGUGGCGGAGAGAUUGAGAUCGUUCAUCUACCUACCAUCAAUAUUUUUCGGAAGAAUGUACAAAGCUAGUUCUCUCUUACUUCAUGCAUCCUUCCUAUAUGUUACAGCUGGCACCCUUCCUAUUAUUCUCCCUCUCAAACAUACGGAAGAGUCAUUUAAAUGGAUACAGGAGCAUGUGAAACAAAAUUCACAGGUGCGCUUCACCCCAUUGGGCUUAAGCUCGGACAAGGAACGUCUAAUAGCUUUGCUGUUCCUCGGCAGGGGACUUUACUACAGGGACAUUACAGAUACUUUGCUUCGUCGUGGUCUCAGCUCGUUAUCAGUUAAAAUGAGUGCCAACUUGGUGGAUAAACAAUUGAAGAACUACCAAACUGCUCAGUCUAGCGCCAUUCAGAAAUACAGAGGCAUUUGGAAGAAGAGCACCAACCCUUCUGUUCUGUCCUACAUUAAAUGGCUGUUUAUGAAAAUAUUUUCUCGGUAGUUUGUAAGGAAUCACUCGAAAUUCAUCUUUUCCGCUUAUUUUUUCGCUUUUUCUACCAUCUCUUCACAUCGUUUGGAUGCGCUUUCACUUUGGAUCUGCAAACGAUGUUCCUUUACCUAGCCCCUCCUCUAAAGCACUAGAAUUUGGCUCGGAAUUUAUGUUUUCUAUAUUUUCCUUACUAUCGCUUCCCGCAUUUUAAUUCAUUGCUGCACAGCUGCGUUGCGACUUUUAUUGAUCGUUUUCUUACUCAUCAUCACGAUGCGCAUCUUUUUCCCGGUUAUAUGAACAAAGGAAACAGUUGUCCACAACUCUGCUCUUCUGUUUUGCUUUGUUUUAGAAGCGGACGUAUUUUCAUUAUUAAAUGAGAGCAUAAUCGUUAA